AUGACACCACCAGCAGCAGGGGGCAGUAGUGGAUUGUUGCAGGGUUGGUUGGAGGCAUUGUUGAAGGAUAAGGCGGCGGCAGAUAUAACUAGUAUUGAAGAUGAUUUGCGUAAGGAUUUGGAGAAAACAUGGGAGGAAUUGCAGAACUGGGUGAUGAGGAGUAAGGAAUCUGAUGAAAUACAGGGCCUCUGUGCGGACGUGGCUGGGUCGUGGGGAGGAGGGGCUGAGAAGGCUUUGAAGGAGAUGUGUAAAGGUGUUGCCGAAAUUAGAUACUUCAUAAGUGGCGCAGACGCGAAGUUUGUGGGUAGGGGGGGGGUGCGGGAUGACAUAUCUUCUGAGGAACUCACUCCCGAUAAAGCUUAUGCACGUUGUAUUGUCGGAGCUGUCGCUCUGAACGAACUGUACGGAUAUCAUUGUUAUUUAGGUAAUAUUAUAAAGAAGGUCCAGACAGAGAUGGAGGGGAAAUUAAGGGGACACUUGGAGAAGGAGCAACGUGGAGGGCAGUUGAAUAAAUGUAAAAACAUUGACCUCCCCGCUUUAAUGUUCGGUAAAUCAAUUCUUCAGGAAAAAAUCAAACAAUGGGCGGACACAGAGAGAGUGAGGCGAACAGGGGGUCCCCGGAGGAUGUGGUUGCCCUGGUCUCAAUGGCCAACGGUCUGUAAAGAGCAGAAGAGUGACCAAGGGAAUUUGCAGCAACAGAGAAAAGAGAAUGCCCCAAUUAUGACAUCAUUUCUACAAGUGGGCGAUGAUAGUGGUAGUAGUAGUAGUACUGCUGCUCAACCAUCCAUACAGGACGUAUUAGUUAAUGACGCCUACACCAUACCACAGGAAAAAUUUCAAAAAGCACUUUCUACAGCAAUACAGAGUGCCACUAGUGCCAGUAAUGGUGCUCCUGGUGGCAUUAUUAACUCCGCUGAAUUAACGAAGGCAAUAAUGGAGAACGCAGAGAAGGAAUCUAAGAAAAAUAUAGCUGAAGUAUGCAUGAAAAACAGCACGAAAUUUUGCGAUCGACUAAAAUGUGCAAAACAAUAUUGGGAAUUGAAGGAAGGCCGGGGUAGCAGCAGCAACGAUUUCUGGAGCAGCAAUGUCAGGGACAAAUUGAACAGUCUCUUCUCUAAUACGCUAGACAAUGGUAGCACCACAGAUGCCUACUGCAGCGGCAUUUCGGGCUCAGAUAAUGCAAAUAAAGAAGCUUGCAAACACAUGGCAAAAUUGUUGAAUCAAAUGUACCAAAAUUCAGAUGGUAGCUCUGACAAAUAUUCUGAUCAAAUUAUAAAAUGUGCUUUGUUAAAAGCUUAUGCUAAAAAAUUAAAAGAAAAAGCAGAAGAAAAAGGAUUUUGUAGCAUAGAAAGUGGUCUAAAGGAAGCUUUUAAGAAUAGUAAAACCAUUAUGGGGAGUGCGUCAGAUCAAUGUACAGCUAGUAAUACCAAUAAUUGUUUUGAAUGCAAUUGGACGGACAAUACUGAUGACGACCUUAAAAGUUGCACCAUUCCCAAUGGCAACGGCCAAGACGAAGUAAAGGACAAUGUGGUUAAAUUGUUCCCGAAGAACGACAAAACCAAGGACACCGAAAUACAUAAAACCUUAACUGAUUUUAAUAAUAAAAACCCCCUCUGUGAGCGUCUCCAAUGUUUAGCAUCUCGAGUUCAGCUGACCAUGGGAAGCAAGCGUGCGGACGACUUCUGGAAGUUGGAUAGCGGCGAAGUCGCCAAACUAUGGAAAGAAUUGUCCACAGCAAUGACGAAUAAUGGCACAACAAUAAGCGGAACUGAUUGUGAUAAUGUGAAUGAUGCAAAUAGUGGCAGUAGAGAAGCAACUCAUUCUGAAAAGACGGCAUGCAAAUUUUUGCAUGCGGGCUUAAAACAGCUGUAUGGGACGCCGUCGCCGUCAGGCGACGACGUCCUAUCUAAGAAAUACCCAUCGUUUAGACAAACGAUGGGUUGUUUUUUACUUCACGCUUAUGCACAACAUAUGAAAGAAAAGGCUGUUUGUGAUAUUGACGGGGGGAUAAGCAAAGCAUUUAAUGCGUGGCAAGACCUCAGUAGGAAAGCACCUGAUACUUGCAAUGGCAGUGACAAAAUUUGCAUUCCAUGCAAAUGGGAAGAAGAGCAAUUUGGCAAAUGCACAGUUGACGGACAUGGUACUGGCCAAAAUGAUAAGGUUGAGGACAAAUUGAAGGACAUCGUUAAGAAGGACGACUCCAAAAUAGUAGACAUGGCAAAGGAAGUAAAUAAUGUGACAGAACUUUGCGACCAAGUCCAAUGUGUAGCGGCCCGCUGGAGGAAACAUGAUAAGAAUAAAGAAAAAGGGAUCCCCCGUAAUUGGGAUAACGUUUGGAAGGCAAUCCCAAAUGAAGUAACCUCCCUCAGCGAAGCUCUCAAGGAGGCCACAACUGAGAAUAAGAGGACAGAAUUUGAGAAAUAUUGCAACGGUCUCCAAGGGCAGAAUGGAAAGGAAGUUGAUAAGGAGGCUUGCCUCCUUAUAGCAGCAGGAUUAAAAAGUCUCUACGACAUCAACGAUAAGGACGACAUUAAUGCAUCGUUCCAAAGAACGAUGCGUUGUGUUUUAUUAAAUUCCAUUGCAGAUAAAUUAGAAAAAGAAGAAUUUCCAUGUAAAGAGGAAAGGAGUGUAACGGAAGGGAUAAAUUGGGCAUUUAAUACGAAGAAUGAUGAAAUUAAGCAGGCAAGUGAAGGUUGCAAGGAUGAUAAUGUUAAGUGUUUUACGUGUGUUAGGGAAAGGAAUUUAAUGAAUUGCACAUUGAAUAAUGACGAUAAGAAUGUAAAGGAAAAAGUAGAACCCAUGCUAGAUCAAAAUGCUACACUCAAGAAAGAAUCUCUGGAGAAGACCAUAUGUAAACCGUGUACAGAAGACAAGAGCAACCCGUGUCAACAACUUCAGUGCAUAGGUGAUAAGUGGAAAAAGAAUAGAGUGGAAAAUAACUACGACAAAAUUGGAGAGGAGUUCAAGACGGAAUUAACAAAACUCCUGGGAAGCAUGAAAAGCAAUCAGGACAAUGUUGGCACAUACUGCAACCAGAACAUUAGUAGUAAAGACUGGGAAACUGGUGCAGCCGGGGACGCCAAUAGAACUGCAUGCCAACUUGUUGCCGCAGGGCUAGAACAUAUAUCUAAAAUUAAGCGAACGCAUAACCCAGGUCCAACAGAUGAGGAGAAGAACCCUUACGAUAACCAAGAGUUCCAUCAAGUCGCUUCUUGCUUAAUGUUAAACGCUGUUGUAAAAGAAAUGAAGAAAAGGAGCAAAAUUUGCAACAUAGAUGAGGGUAUUCGGACAGCCUUUGCGGCGGCACCAAAAAUUAGAACCAAACACUGUAACAGGGAACCCUGCAUUGAGUGCACGCUCACGGACAAAUAUGAUGAGUGCUCCUUUGAUAAAGAGCAGAAGGAGAAAGUAAAACCUAAAUUGGAAGCACCACUCACAGAGGAAGAAGCCAACGUGCAGACCGCUCUCUCCCCAAUAACUGACACACCAGGAAAUAAGGGUCCCUCUUUAUGCAAGCGUCUCCAAUGUUUAUCCUCUAGAGUUGAGGCAUCAGGACAAAGCACUGCGAAGGACUUCUGGGAGAAGAAUGGCGACGUAGGAAAGCUGUGGACAGAAUUGUCCACAGCAAUGACAAAGGAUGGCAAAACGGAUCAGAAUGGAUGUGAUCAAAUGUAUGAUAAUGGCAGUGGCACUGGUGGCACCCCAGGUGCCACCAGACAAGCAACUAACCCUGAAAAGAGGGCAUGCAAUUAUUUGUAUGUCGGCUUAAACCAACUGUACAAUCCGCCGACGACGGGGACGCCGCCUUCGACAGGAACUAACAUCCUAUCUGAGCACCAAUCCUUGAGACACACAGUGGGUUGUUUUCUUCUUAAGGAAUAUGCAAAGAAAAUGGAAAAAGAAUCCAAGUGUGUUAUCAAUUCCGGUUUAAAGAAAGCUUUCGGCACUGCUGGUAAAAAUUUAAUUGGGGGACAAUGCAAAUGGGAUGACGAGGACUAUGGCAAAUGCACAAUUACUACAUCUGGCACAAAUGGCAAAACAGAACAAACGCCAGUAAAGAACAAAUUAGACCAAGUUAAGAACAAAAUUGAGGGCACCGCAAAAGAGAUUCUACCGAAAAUAAAUGAAAUGAAUAAGUUAUGCGAUUAUAUUAGAUGUGCCGGACCCAAAUGGUUCAAAAACAGGGCAACACCGAACGGUAAUAGUGGUGGUACUCCUACUCCCACGAAGAAUUGGUGUGACUUUUGGGAUACGACUGUUAAAGAUGCACUGAAGAAAAUGUUCGACAAUGUCGCCUCCGAAGGAGGGAAGAAAGUAAAUAACUCGAAUACCACAAUCUGCCAACAGUUCGGUGAUGGUAAUGAGGAUAGUGUUGAAAGAAAAGCUUGUAAUCAUAUCACGGCAGGACUAAAAUACAUUUCUGAAGCCGAAGGUGUCGCCAACGGCGGCACCCAGAUUGCAACUGCAAAGGCGGAUGACAAGUUUUUUAAACAAACUAUGAUGUGCGCAGCACUUAAUCUUUACGCAACUAAAAUAAGAGAUGAGUUGACUGAUAAAUGUCCCAUUGAUGAAUCUAAAAUACAAGAUAUGUUCACUAAAUGGAAUCUACAAAAUAAUAAAUCUUCGUCUUCAUGUAAUGGAGGUGGUAGUACUAAUGUUUGUUUUGAAUGUCAAAGGGAAGAAAAUUUUGGUCCUUGCAACCUCCUCGUUGAUAAAGACUUAAUUGCAGCAUCCUCAUCAGGUGGAAAUGAACCUUGCAAUAAUAACGACAACAGAAAAGAAGUCAAAAACGAAAUAAACAAUCUCCUCGAAUCCAAAGACAACAACUCAUCUCAAUCCAACCCCAACUCUACCAUUAAAUCCAACAUAGGGACCACCUUAACUACUAUCACUGAAAUGGCCUCUUCUUUCUGUACUCAACUCCAAUGCGCAAUAAAAAAAAAACUAAAGAGCAGAAGUGGACAAGCAACCUCAAGCGGAACAACACAACCUUGGAAUACCUUGAAGACUGAAAUCGUGACGGAAUUAACAGCACUUUUAAAUAAUAUGAACGACGCUACAAAGCAGAAAGAAGUUGAACAAUACUGCAAAAACGACACUAAUUGGAAUAAUAAGGGCCAUACAGAAAGGCGAACAAAUAGAGCAGCUUGUUUGCAUUUUGCUGCAGGACUGCAGCACAUUUAUGGCCGUCCCAACGGCCAAAAGAAGGGCCAGUUUAAUGGCCCAUCGUUUGGACAAACGAUGGGUUGUUUAUUUCUUAAAGAGUAUGCAAAACAAUUAAAAGUAAUGGCAGAUAAAGAAAAAAAGUAUAAGGUACAUCCUCUUUGUGAAAUAGAUAAGGGCAUAGAUCACGCUUUUAGCAAAAGUGAAAAAAUUAUGAAAGACACAUCUCCAUGCAACAAGAAUGGUAAUUCUUGUUUUGAAUGCAAAUGGAAUGAUAACGAUUAUGAUGAUUGCAAAAUUGGCAAUGAUAAAGUAAAGACCAAUGUGGAAACAUUGUUCAAGCACGACGAAAACAAAAAACAUAUGCAACAAACAUUAGAGAAUACAGUUUGUCCCAUCCUUCUUACGGAUAUCCUUACCCCUUUUCUUCCUUUGGCUCCUGUGUCUAUUGGCCUUUCUGCUAUGGCUUAUUAUCUUUGGAAGUAUUUUGGUCCUCUCGGUAAAGGAGGAGCACGUUUCAGAAGAUCUCCUGCUGAAAUUCCUGGUUCAUCGGUACAGGAACAAGUCCUCGGUCAUGUGCAUGAAGGUGCUGCACAUGAAUAUCAAUUGGUGAAGGAACGAAAACCUCGUUCUGCUCCAACAAGAACAAAACGUUCUGGUCCCGUGAAUCGCCGCACGAUUAUUGAAAUUCAUUUUGAAGUGUUGGACGAAUGUCAAAAAGGAGACACACAAUUGAACCAGAAGGAUUUUCUGGAACUUUUGGUUCAAGAAUUCAUGGGAUCCGAAUUUAUGGAAGAAGAACAGGUUCCUAUGGAAGAGGUUCUUAUGGAAGCGGUUCCUAUGGAAAGUAUUCCAAUGGAACGUGUUCCAAAUUUAGGUUCCGGGUUACUGGUUUAA